AUGGCACUCAUCAAGCUGCUGGGAUUAAAAUCGGAAGCAUUUCAUCGUGACGGUCACAGUUGGCUAUGCGCAACUGGGCUUCCAAGUGACGUAACUAUUGAAGUUGGAGGGAUGUAUUUUCAUCUCCACAAGUUCCCAUUGCUCUCUAGAAGUGGGCUAUUAAAGAAGCUUAUUGAAGAGUUCUGGAGUGAAAGUGAAUCAGCUUGUGUUUUGAAACUUCAUGACAUUCCCGGUGGAGCUAAAGCAUUUGAGCUUAUAGCCAAAUUUUGUUAUGGUGUCAAAAUAGAGCUCACUGCUUUAAAUGUUGUUAGCCUUAGAUGUGCUGCAGAGUUCCUUUGCAUGACCGAUAAUUAUGGGGAAGGAAAUCUCAUCAUGGAAACUGAGGCUUUCCUUGAUGAGGUUUUCGGCAACUGGGCGGACACAAUGAAAGCUCUUGAAACAUGCGAACAAGUUCUAACAUAUGCAGAAGAGCUUCACAUAGUUUCAAGAUGCAUUGAUUCAUUGGCCAUGAAAGCUUGUGCGGACCCAAGCUUGUUCAAUUGGCCUGUGCCAGAAAGUAAUAACACACACAAGACAGACGGCUUUGUCUUAUGGAAUGGAAUAUCGACAGUUGUUAAGCCGAAUCCUAUAGGAGAUGAUUGGUGGUUUGAGGAUGUUACAUCUCUUAGCUUGUCUCUGUAUAAACGAUUGAUUUUAGCUCUUAAAUUAAGAAGCAUAAAGCCUGAGACUAUUUCUUCAUCCCUCAUUUACUAUGCAAAGAGAUAUAUCCCUUUGAUGAAUAGGCAAUCAAACUUCAAUGAGACAAACCAUGUCAACCUGAGAAGGACUAUUUCCACAUUGUCUGAGGUUGAUCAGAGGGCUCUCGUCGAAGAAAUUGUUGAAUUACUUCCCAAUAAGAAGGAUGUCACAUCCACCAAGUUUCUUCUCAGGCUGCUUCACACUGCUAUGGUUUUAAAAGCAAGUCCAUCAUGUAAAGAAAAUUUGGAAAAGAGGGUGGGAGCCCAGUUGGACCAAGCUUCACUUGUAGAUAUUCUCUUACCAAAUAUGGGUUACGUAGACACCCUUUAUGAUAUAGACUGUGUCCAGAGGAUGCUUGAUCAUUUCAUGUCCUUUAACCAUCCUGCAGCUGCAUCAUUUUAUCCUUGUAUAAUUGAAGAGGGGCAACUAAUGAAUGGAUCUGAUUCACUGACACCUAUGACAACGGUAGCUGGUUUAGUGGAUGGAUAUCUCACUGAGGUGGCGCCGGAUGUUAAUUUGAAGCUACCAAAAUUUGAGGCACUAGCUGCUGUAAUCCCUGGUUAUGCUAGGCCACUUGAUGAUGGACUUUAUCAUGCAAUUGACAUUUACUUGAAGGCACAUCCUUGGAUUACAGAUUAUGAGAGGGAGCAACUCUGCAGACUUAUGGACUGCCAGAAGCUUUCGUUGGAUGCCAGCACCCAUGCAGCUCAGAAUGAGAGGUUACCUCUUCGAGUAGUCGUCCAAGUCCUCUUCUUUGAACAGCUUCGUCUCCGCACUUCUAUUUCUGGCUGGUUCAUCGUUGACAAUCUUGAGAACUCUCAAAAUCCUAGUGGAAACCUUGGACACCCUGGAGAUGAGGGAUGUCGGCAGAUAGUCCCUGCUGAAGACCAAGUUGUGGGUCGUGAUGAAAUGAAGGAGCGCGUUCAUGAGCUUGAAAAGAAGUGUUCGAGCAUGAAACAGGAGCUUGAGAAACUUGUGAAGACAAAGAAAACAUGGAGAAUUAUUGCCAAAAGAUUAGGAUUUAAACAGAAGUCGGAGCCAUGCUAUCCAAAAGAACCAAAGAGCUGCACUUUCAAGGAAUCAGUAGCUUCUGUGAAUGGAAAACAAAGUCACAAAGACUAUGAAGCGGUUCAUUGA